AUGGAAAGAAUAAAGGAAAAUGAAAAACAUCUGAAUACUGUGGACGAGAAGAGAAAGAAAUUCGAGAACGACACAUCCUGUAAAGAAGAAGACGAAUCGUUUGCAAAAACUAUGACCGGACCGCAAAGUUCGCAACCCAUGACAGAGAAAAUACUCGGAGUACAGUGGUGCACAGAAGAAGAUUGUUUGUUUUCGACUGCAAGCAAUUUCUUGACGAGGAGCCCAAACAACACCCAACAAAGAAAUAUGUUGUUCGAGUGAUGUCGAAAAUUUAUGAUCCUAUGGGAAUUAUUACGCCACUGACUGUAAAACUGAAACUGUUUUGUCAGAGCUUAAUUAAGAAAUACAUUGGAUGGGAUGAACCGUUAGAUGAAGAGUCAUCCAAUACUUGGAAAUUGUUACAACAGGAAUUAAGAGAAGCGACACCAAUUAAAAUACCACGGUGUUAUUUCAACGGAGUUAUAUCUGAAGAUAUCACCGCUAGUUUGGAAGGAUCUGUGAUUGAUCAGUUAAGGAGUAUGCGGCGGUUGUGUAUUUAAGGCUAGAAACAAGAGAUGGCGUCCAUUUGAGCAUCGUAGCUUUAAAAACUAGAGUACCGCCUUUGACGAAGCAAUCUAUACCGAGACUUGAACUGUUUCAGCACUAAUACUGGCAAGAUCAAUAACGCAUGUAAAGGAAGCAUUGAAAGGAUAUAUUAGCCCGCGUGCAGGCCCAAGGGAACUGAUAGUGGGCCUGCAAGCAAGGCCCGGUAUUUUGUACUUUCCGCGUUCGCCCACGAACGCGGAAUUCUGAUUGGCUGUUUGCUGUUGGAUUCUAUAAUUAGGUCAGUGAUUCAUCACAAAGGCCCUCGAUAUUUUCUCGAUAAGCUUAAAAUUCGAAAAUUAAUCACUUUUUUCGAUUACAAGGAACAAGAACAGACUGUUUAUUGGAACAAGAACAGACUGUUUAUUGUUUACUUCAAGGAAGAGAUGUUUUUGCCGUUAUGCAAAAUGGGGAUAGCCAGUGGCGUAGCCAGCCCGACAAUUUGUCCCGCUAUGCAAAUUUCAAAUCAUUAUCAUUAUUCAUUUCUUUAGAAAUUGAUUGUUUUCACAGUCCAUAAACACGAAAAUAUUUGCAUAGCGGGACUAAUCGUCGGGCUGGCUACGCUACUGGGGAUAGCUUGUCGUGAGGUGUCGGAAUAGCAACAUUACGACUGGGGUAAACUAUAGUAACUUUUACUUGAGUUUCAUUAAUUUCAAACAGAUUUGACUACGUUAUAUGUUCCCCAAGAAAAUGAUCUUUUGGUUGAUGUUGAGAUGCAGUUGCAUGUAAGCCUAUUCGAAACACUUUGCGAUUUACAAGGCUUCGCUGAGAGAGCGAAACAGAAUACGGUAUUAAUUGCCGUUUGAAACGAAACAAUCUGGACUCUGAACGCUCUCUUCUUUUGUAGAGUUCUUUACCAAAUGAAAUAACUGAAAUAAAUUUCGUACUUUCCGCCAACAAGAAUUGCACACACGAUCUGAUAAGUGAGACAAUUUAUUUAUAACAAUGGCGACAGCGAAGCACACAUUAUAAAUGCUAAUAUGGUCGCACGACUUCCCUCACGAUUUGAAGUUUGAGACUGGUUUCCUGUUGAAAUUCGUCCAAAUUUGCCUGUUCCGAUUUUAGUUGAAAAUGAGCACUUGGAAAUUUGGCAAUUACUGACUGCGUUGCUUGCUUUUUUUGGAGUUAAAACGCAGCCAUUUCACAUUGUUUAUGUUCUGAAUAAGCAGAGAAAACCCCACAACAUUUUAAUGCGAGUUUGUUUGUUAAUAUUUGGGUGCUGUCAUUGGUUCUUUUUUGCUCUUUUCUGGAUAUGUGGUGAAACUCGUGAGUGGAAACAGUUUGUACAAAAUAGAGUCCUAGAAAUAAGAAUUCUUGUUCCACCAGAACUGUGGAAUCACUGUGCAAGCAAGGAUAACCCGGCUGACAUUCCGUCGCGACGAACAUCCCCAGUAGAACUAUCAAACAGUAUGUGGUUUAGCGGACCAGAAUGGCUGAAGAUCUACGCCGAUCCGAGUAAACAAACAAGUAUGAAUGAGAAUGAACCUUCAGAGCAGGAACUUAUCAAGGAAAUGAUAUUAAAGAAGUCAAAGAAACCUUCAGAAACGUCGUCCUUUAACACGACCUGUGAAGUAGGACAUAUUGGUGAAAUUAUCGAUUGUAAGAGAUUUGGUAGCUUAAACAAACUAUAGAGAACUACAGCGAUAGUGUUAAAAUUUAUCCAGAUGUUGAAAUAGAAGAUAGAUCCGACCGUUAAAGCAAAGCCAUUAACAGACUACAUGCUACAUGCUACAUGUUACAUGCUACGAUGUUCAAUUUCAACUGAUGUCGAAGGCGAAGACAAGAAAAUGGGAGCGAGAAUUCGGACUGUACCGUGAUGAAAGAGGUAUUUUGAGAUGUGAAGGCAGACUCAAGAAUGCAGAAUUAACUACAGCGCAGAAACACCCAGCAAUCUUGGAUGCGAAACAUUAUGUAACGUCACUAAUAGUGAGAGAAGGUCACGAAAGAGUAAAACACAUUGGUGUAAAAGAAACCUUGACAGAGAUUAGAUAGAAAUUUUGGAUUGUUAGAGGUCGUCAAUACGUGCGAAGACUGAUACAUGAAUAUGCAGUAUGUCGACAACAGGAAGGAAUUGCUUACAAACCACCAGAUCCACCAGCAUUACCAGUAUUUAGAAUCACGAAAGAUCACCCUUUCACGUACACAGGGGUGGACUUCGCUGGACCACUGUAUGUGAAACAAGUGAACGCAGUGGCCAUGGAGAAGGUUUACAUGGUUAUAUACACUUGUGCUGUGUCGCGAGCAGUACAUUUGGAUGUUGUGAAUGAUAUGACGGCAGAAGCCUUUUUAAGAAGUUUUAGGGGAUUCACAGCCCGCCGAGGAAUACCACGAGAGGUAAAAUCAGACAAUGGAAAAGCAUUUAAAGCGGCUUCAAAACAAUUAGCAGCCCUAUUCGAGAUUUCAGAAGUGAAGAAAUACCUUUCAGAUCAAAGAAUCCGAUGGACAGUCAACAUUGAGAAGGCACCAUGGUGGGGAGGGUUCUUCGAGAAACUAAUUAAGAGUGUGAAGAGAUGUUUAUACAAGAUUCUUAAAAAUGCCAGAGUCACGAACGAAGAACUUUAUACCGUGCUUACGGAGAUAGAAGCAACAUUAAACUCGAUACCGCUAACGUAUGUGUCUACGGAAGACCUAGACGAACCAAUUACACCUUCACACUUGAUAAAUGGAAGAAGAAUAAACUCGUUGCUGGAUGCAGUUAAGCCAGGAGAGGAAUCGAGAAUUGAGGAGAUAACAAACAACAAAGUUGCAAGACGAGUAUCGUAUCUUAGAACUUUAAAGGAACACUUUUGGCUGAGAUGGAAGAAUGAGUAUCUGCUUGAGUUACGCAAUGUUCAUCGACAGAAGACUAAACGACAGAAAGGAAAUUGUAUUAAAGUUGGAGAUGUUGUAGUUAUUCACGAAGAGAACGUACGUAGAGUAAAGCGGAAACUCGGUAGAAUCGAGAAACUGAUAGAAGGAAAGGACGGGGCUAUUCGCGGAGCUGUAGUUAGGAAAUUAACAGACAAAGGAGGAAAAUGUACGGAAAUUAGACGGCCAAUUCAGAAAUUAUACCCGGUUGAGUUGUCGGAAGGCGAUGAAGAAAUUGUAACGGCAGGAGAUAAUACGGAGAACGCUUCAGAGAAAGAAGAUCAGAAGACGGGAUUGAGAAGGGGACCAAUACGGGAGGCAGCAAGAAAGGCACAAGCGAAGAGACAGGAACUCAUUGAAUCAGGAAGUUUGUAGACAUUAACGUUGUUAACAUUUGAUUACUUUAGUUAUGAAACUGUUAAGUUGACCACUGUAAGUCAUAAGUCAUGGUCAACGGGGGGAGUGUAGGAUAUUUAUGAACAUGAUUAGGAUAGAAAGGUAUAGAACGCGAAUUGCAUGACGGGACAGAACAUGUGCUUGAGAGAAGGGUGCGCGAAUUAUUGAGAAACAUAUAAUUUAUACGUUGAGUUUUAGUUAUUAAAGUUAUCUAUACAAACACUUUCCACCCAGUGUGAGUUGACAAAUAAUUCGAUUAAAACUGUUUUAAUUCAAGUGGAAGGAAUUCUGAAUUCGCGUCCGCUCACGUACGUGCACGAAGAAAUGUGCGAACCACUCACGCCUUCAACCUUGUGUGUUGGUCGACGACUGUUAAGUAAUCCAAAAACGCAGGAAAAGACAACCAACGAGAACCAAGGAGAGAGAGGUUCCUGACUCGAGUAUUAAAUCAUUUCUGGGAACGCUGGCGUAAGGAAUAUUUGACGGAACUACGAGAACAGCACAAAGUAAAGAAUGGUUCAGUACGUGAUUCGAUCAGCCAGGGACACAUUGUUGUAGUUCAUGAAGAUAAAAUUCCUCGACAGCUAUGGAAAGUCGGUAGAGUUGAAAAUUUAAUGCAUGGUCGAGACGGGAAUGUACGUGCAGCAACUAUUAGAACAUCGUCUGGAGGUCGAGUGCAGCAACUACAAAGACCGAUUCAACGAUUGCAUCCAAUAGGAAUUUCUACAAAAAACCCAGACACUGUUCCACAGAUUAAGUUCGUUCGAGACGAUGUGCCUAAUGCAAUACAAGACUUUAAUACUUGA